AUGGACUCGGAGAAGGCGCAGCGCAUUACCAUGCUCGCAGAGAAGCAGAGGAAGUCCCUGGCCAUCGGUCGCCAGGAUGAGGCCGACGCGCGGGAAGAGGCGAAGGAGGAGGCCCUGGCGCAAGCUUUGACCACCGAGUCGAUUAGCUACGACUUCAAGGACACGUCGACGAGGAGGGAGCUGUCGGUCCCUCGAUGGCUGCGCCCGUGCUACAACACCUGCUACAACAAGACCUUCAGAAGGUUGCGAAAGCAGCUGAAGCCAUUGGUGCGGCACAUGUACUUUGACAUUGCGUCCACCCUGACGAUCCUCAUCAGCGCCAUCAUCAUGGGUGUUGAGGCGGAGAUCUGGGAUCCCAACGGCAGCGUGCCAAAGCCUGUGUGGAUCGACCUGUGCAUGUGGGUUAUCAACGUCUCGUUUGUCGUCGAGUGGACUCUUCGCUUCAUCGUUGGUGGCGCACUGUGGCUGAAGGAGACCUUGAACAUCCUCUUCACUGUGGCUGUGUGGGCUCCGUUCUUCUUCGCCGCCCUGGGUGACACCGUGGAGAUCGUACGCAUCGUGGUGAGGAUGCUGCGAAUCGGCAAAGUCAUCCACACCAUCAAGAACGUCAAGGGCUUCAAAGUCAUCUGGCUCCUCCUCUCCGGCCUGUUUGCCUCCGCGGGGACCCUCUUUUGGUCCUGCCUUCUGCUCGCGACCUCUGUGCUGUUCUUCAGCAUCAUUGCUGUGGACCUGAUCGGCUACGCGGAGGCCUGGACGUACCAGCCGGAGGACGCCGUCCCCAGGUGGUUCGUUUCCAUCCGCAGCGCGAUGUUCACGAUGAGCCGGUUCAUGAGCUCGGACGGUGCCAUGGAUGUGGUCGAGUACCUGAUGCAGGUUCCGUGGGCAGUGGACCCCUCCAGCCCGUACCCAACGGAGGGCCAGCCCUACAUCUGGAUCUUUCUCUUCGCCUUCCAGGCGCUCUCGCAGUAUGUGAUCUUGAACCUGGUCACGGCAGUGAUUUGCGACAAUUCGAUGAAGAUCGUGAGCGAAGACGAGGCCAACAAGGCCGCCGAGGCGGAGGAGGAGAAGCGGAAGCAGAUCGAGGAGCUUCGGGAGCUGUUCAAGCUCCUGGAUUCCGAUGGAAGUGGCGAGGUCGAUACGGCCGAGUUUGAUGGCGCCUUUGAGAUUCCAGCACUGAAGAACAAGCUCCUCCUCUUGGGCCUUGAGGAGACCGAGCUGAAGCGGUUCUUCCGUGCUCUGGACUCGGACGGCUCUGGAUCCAUGGGCAUCGAUGAGUUCUGCGAGGGCAUUCCCGAGCUGUUCGGACAAGCCACCGCCUACAGCAUGCUCAAGGCCAAGAAGAAGGCACCGGGGUGGUAUUAA